AUGAGCCUGGGUAAUUUAUUAAAUUUCUCCAGCUCCUCCUGUUGCAUGUUCAUCCUGGCAGGCAUCCCGGGACUGGAGGUUUCCCACAUCUGGCUCUCCAUCCCUUUCACUUGCAUUUACAUUGCGUCCCUUGCGGGGAACUGCACAAUCCUCUUUGUCAUCGGGACCGAUCCAAGCCUCCAUGAGCCCAUGCACCAAUUCCUAUCCAUGCUGGCCAUCACCAGUUUGGGUUUGUCUAUGUCUACAACGCCAACUGUGAUGAGUGUUUUCUGGGCCUACUACGGGGAAAUCAGUUUUGAUGCCUGUUUUGCUCAGCUUUAUUUCGUUCAUUCCUUCUCCUUCAUGGAGUCCUCGGUACUUCUGGCCAUGGCCUUUCAUCGGUAUGUGGCCACCUGCUACCCGCUGAGAUACACCUCCAUCCUCACCAGUGCAAGGAUAAGCAAGAUUGGGCUGGCUGCCCUGUGCAGAAGCCUCUUAGGAGGGCUGCCAUCACUCUUCUUGCCGAGAAGGUUGCCCUUCUGCCAGUCCCAUGUGCUCUCCCAUGCCUACUACCUGCAUCAGGACCCGAUCAAGCUGGUAUGCGCAGACAUCACAUUCAAUAGCAUGUAUGGGUUAGCUGUGGUCAUCCUCAUAGUGGUACUUGACCCAUUGCUCAUUGUUUUGUCAUAUAUUAUGACAUGGCUCAACCCUGCAAAGCGCUAG